AUGACCACCUCAUACGCUGUCGUCGGGGCUUCUCGUGGGAUUGGACUCGAGUAUGUCCGCCAGCUGGCCGGACGCCCAGACACGGUCGUCUUUGCAAUCGUCCGCAACGCGAAAGGAAGCACGUACCUCGCAGCCGCAGUCGCCCAUCUCAAGAACGUACACGUCGUCGAGGCCGACAUCGUGGACCACGCCUCUCUGGAGCGCGCCGCCAAGGAAGUCGCAGCGGUCACUGGGGGCAGGCUGGACUGCCUCAUCCACAACGCCGCACGCAUGGGCGGAGACACAGUGUUCUUCGGCUUCGACCACUACCCGAGCAUGGACGCCCUCGACGCGGACUUCAUCGAAGCGUUCAAGAUCAACGCGCUCGGCGUCGUGCACAGCGUCGCGGCCUUCCUCCCGCUCCUCCGUGCUGCGCCGACGAAGAAGAUCGUCGUGAUCAGCACGCACGGCGCGGUGCCCGCAAUUGUCUACAGCGCAGAGAUUGCAAACAUGUGCGCGUACGGGACCACGAAGGCCGCGGGCGCGCUCGCGACGGCGAAGUGGGCGCUGCAGCUCAAGGGCGAGGGCUUCACGGUCGUGUCGCUCACGCCCGGGCUUGUGGACACGACGGACACGAUCGGGCCGGCUGGUGAGUGGCUGCGUUUCUUUGCGGUGAGGGAGGCCGUCGACUGA